ACGUGUACCGGAGGGACACGUAUCCAUGGUGGGUGCCGGGCGAAUAGGAUAAGGACGUAGAAGGUUUCCUCAAAGAGGGAAGGGGGUCCGCGUGAAAUGACGCAUGAAACCGAUUGGGGCAACGAGCGAUGGGAAGCCGGCUCGUUUCGUUUCAAAUAGGCAAAACGACGCCCUUUUAGGGAUAAAAACGUUCAUAAUGCUGGAAUGCAGGGGCGAGAGACUGAUAGGGGUGCUUAAUAAUGCAAUAUGGCGUCGGGGCGUCGCGGCGCUAUGCCGGCUAUGCCGCAUACCACCACCAUAUACGCCUACACUGCGACCCCCUUACACCCUUCGUGGCUACCCCCGAGUACGAGCAAGCCGGGGGAAGAGAUGGUCAGACCAAAAUCGAAGAGAAAUAAGUGGAUGAAAAACGUGGAACCUGAACCGACAGACCCGGGAAUUCCUAUACCGAAUUUAACAGAGAAAUUUCUUCUAAUGCGAGUAAAAAGCGGCACGAAAAUUAGGAACGUUCUAGGAUACGCGUUGAAAGAGUUCUCGAAUUAUGACAGCGUUGUUUGGACCGCGACAGGACACGGUGUUGGAAAAGCUAUUUCUUGCGCGGAACUUUUCAAACAGAAACAAGAAGGUCUUCAUCAGAUCACUAACAUACGUUUUGUGGAGUCAAAGAAAUCGAAAGAGAAAAAGGAGAAUGAAACUGACGAAAAUGUGAAAGUUCGUCACGUGCCGGAGAUACAUAUUUUACUUGCAAAAGAAGUAAAAGACACAUCAGUACCUGGAUAUCAGGCGCCUGGUGAUAAUGGAGAAUUCUUAGAUGAUGAAGAAAUGAAAAAUGAGAGCAAAAGUAAAAAACAGGAAGCUGGUAAUAAUGUGACCCGCAUCGAUGCCCAGGAAUUCGCAGCUAUGGGAUUGAGGACCGGUCAAAAAAGGUCAAAGAAAGAGCAGCAAACAGAAGCGCCACCAAAAAAGAAUAAGAAAAGAGCGGACGAUGAUCGAUAGUAUAAGCGGGGAAGAUUAAAUUGUAAAUAAAAUUCGAUUAAGAAUAGCCUGCGUAAUAUAUAUAAUUACAGAGUAAAAAGUAUGAAUAAAUUGUAUUUUUCAAAACUUUGUAUAUUUGUAAAAAUUCUAAUUCCUCGUCGUAUGAUUGUUGAUCAUAAAUCGUAAAGAUGUAACAUAGUUAAGUUCAUAUCAAGUAAAAAGUUUAUUUUUUGUCAGUACAUGCAUAUUUAUUACAGAAAUAAUCACGCGAUUUCAGCCGAUUUUAUUUCUGUCGAUUCGAUCUUCUGUUAACUGAUCCUGUCGAGUUUCUUAUUUACAAAUUAUAUAUACAGUGUUGUACUAUGAAAAUUACAGUGCCUUCUACAGAGAUUUAAUUUCACGAUUUUUCUUUUCUUUAGUUUUAGAAAAAGUUACUCGCAAUAGACAAUUAGCAAAAAUCACAUUUCAUCAAGAAUAAAUGAAAUUGCUUAAAAAUUCUUUCACGAUGUUUGUUUUUUUUCACCAUUGGUGAAACUGGAAGAAAGAACACUUUACAUUUCUCUGCUUUCUUAAUAAUAUAUUUUUUGUAUCAAAUUCGUAUAAGCUUACAAAAAAACCUUUUUUGAAUUAAUCGCAAUUGAUACAUUGAUAUAAUAAACCGAAAGGCAAUAGUUUCCGAA